AUGUCAUUCGACAUCACGUGGUUUCUGGGAACGGUUUCGGUGGCAACCUACCUUGCCGCAAUCCUAAGAACCAUUCCUCGUAUGCGUUUUUACCGCCAAAAGUCACACCACAAGCGUACACCUCGCCUACCCAACAUUAGGGUCAUGGCGAGCGUGUAUGCUACUUUUGUAACAGCAUUAGGGACCAUGGUGAUAGUGUGUUCUUUUUUCAUAGGGUAUCUUCGGGAUAGAGCAAGGCCCGAUCCAUACUCAUCAAUACACUCAAAGUCCCUAUCAAUUUUGAUGGCUAUUCAAUACACAAUACAAUCGAUUUCUUGUUUUUUGAUUGCCAUUGCGUUCUUGAUUUAUGGAAACAAAUUAAUCAAGAUUGCUAGUGAAGGACUGAGCUUGUUUGAAGACUUUAAUGGAUAUCCGACAACUCCAACAUCCAAUAGAUUUUCAUAUUCUACUAUUGGUAUCAAUAAUUCUGAAGAUUUUGAACGAAGACAUUGCCAACUGAAGCGAAGUAUUAUCAAGAUGCACGUCUUAAAUCUCGCCUUUACAGCCAGCCUUGCAAUAUUAGGCACCUUUAUCGGACUUUUCGCGUUCUUUCACGAAUCAAUUUUCGAGAACCUAACUCUUAGCGAAGCGUCUGCCGCGUUGGAUAAUUGGAUACCAAUGAUUCUCAAUGUUUUUGUGAUGGCCGGGAUCGCUUAUGGUGAGAUUCGAAUUCCCGACAAGUCUGAGCCAACCCUUGCGAAUUUAAUAUACCCAACAACGCCAACAACACCACGGCGACACUCAUCCGACGAGGAGCUGCCGAUCACUAUCACCACCACCACAUCUUCCUCAUCCACACAAACAACUGAUGGGCGGGUGUCGUUCCACACUAGAAACCUAUCGACCGAUUCUGACUCUCCACUACUGAGCUGGCCAAUACCAAAGGCAGUGGUACCAACGCAUAUACGCUCAAAUGAACUAACUUAUAUGUCACAGUAUGUUAACGGCAAUUCUUCGACAUCUUUGUUGGAUGAUUCCGCCGCUAACACUACUGCCUCAAUGGCGAAAAUGACAAAUCAUACCACAUCUUUAUGA